AUGGACGUGUCUGCUCGUGCCCGUGCGCGCGCCGACGCCAUGCCUGCAUCCUCGGCGUUGCUCCUCCAGCACGACUCGCGCCUCGACUCGCGUCUCGACUUGGAAGAACGCUCGCAGCGCCAUCGCGGCUCGUCCGCCUCCGAUGGUCGUGACGCUCGCGAAGCUCGUGACGGCGCCGUCGAGUCGCUCUCGCAGCAGCUCCAGUCGCGAAGCAGUCCCACCGCCGCAUCCGUCGAGAGCUUCUCGUCGUACAUCAACAAGGACGCGCCACUGUUUCAACAGCGCUCCAGCUCGCCACGCGCCGAAGACCAGCUUCGCGACCACAGCGAUCCCGCCUCGCACACGGGCAGCCCACGUCUCCACCCUCGCCACCUCGUCAGCACACCCGUCGUCUCCAGAGACGCCUUUCGCCACCGUCACUGGGCCGACUCCGACCCAAGUCACCCGUCCGCGGGCGUCAUGUCCAUCGAGCAUCUGCACAACACCUCCCAAACGCCCCACCAUCUCUCCCAGCACGCCCACCUCAAACCAGGUGCGCAGCAACGCAUCGCGCUCGCCAUCAGCGCCGCACACCGCGCCGCAGACCGAAGCGCGUUGCCAGCCUCGCCCACGCCCGCCAUCGACGUCAACCGUCUGUCCGUCUCGAACCUCGCCCAGAAGAACCAGGAGGACGACGAACGCGAUCCUACCUAUCGCGACCCGCGCAUGCGAGCCCCCGCCUCGCUCAUCGACGACUCGUUCGAGAGCACCGCCAGCGUCGUCGGCGAGGAUGCAAAGAACGAGAUCCGCAGGAGGAGACGCACGCGUCCAGACGAGGCCAACCUGCUCGCACAGGUAUACGCAACCAACGCGUUCCCGGACCACGAGACGCGCCUCUUCCUCGCCAACCGCGUAGGCAUGUCCGUCAGGGCCGUGUCGGUGUGGUUCCAGAACAGGCGACAGGCCGAGAAGAAACGCUCGGGCCGGUACGGUGGAUCGGGCAUCGCGCCCAACGCAGGUGCAGCGCCUAGCACGGGCCAGUCGACGCCAGCCGUCGAGUCGACUCCCGCCAAGCCAUCCGCCACCGUGCUUGCCCAGCGCAAGCCACUGGGCAAUGCGAGUGAGAACGCAGCGGCUGCGCCUAAGCGCUCCGAGCCGGUCGAGAUGAGCGACAUGAGCAGCGACAACAAGGAGAACAUCCCGCCCUGGCUUGUCGCGCGCGCCACCACCUCGCGCCACCCACCCCUCGAGCCACUCAAGUGUCAGACCCCCGCCAAGCCCUGCAAAGACACGCUGGACGAGUCUGCGCCUGCGUCUACGCUGCGGGAUUUGCGACGGGCUGUCGGGCCGCGGGGUAUGGGCAUCGCGCACGUCGAGGUGGACGCGUGUACGCCCAAGACCACCUUGUCGCGCCACCGAUCCACUCCACGUCUGUCCUUGGACGAUGUGCUGAGCGGACGCAGCCAGACGCUGCGACGCGCGGCCACGGAGCGCGCGCCGCUCGCAGCGCUAACGGCUGACGAGGGAUUGGAUACGAUCCUGCCGCCGCCCAAGCUGCUUUCGCGCGCAUCGAGCGCAUCCAGCCUGAGCCUGCUCACCACCUCGGGCGGACGAGCGAGCAUCGGCAACAUCGCCGCCACGCCCACAGCCGCGUCCCCUGCAGCGUCGCAGAGCGAAUCCUUGACAUCGAGCUUGCCACCACAGCUCACGGCCGUGCUGCAGAGGCAGGGUAUUAUUGCGGGCGUCGAUCCGGCGCAGGGACAAGUGGAGCGCAGCGGCUUGUUGGGCAUGAUGCCCAGCAGCAGUGUGUCGAGCAGCGAGGCGGAUGCGGCGCACGACACGCGCGAUGAAGAGGACGAAGAGCGGACGCUCAAACUCAUCGCCCAGCGUAGGGCGGCCAAGGGACAGGAAUCGCGUGCCGAUGCGCGAGAGGCGAUUGCCAAUGUCGGUGGCGGCGAUGCGGUCAAGAAGGUGGUUGGCUUGGCACCCGCACGCGCCGUGAGUCUCGAUUGGGCCGCGGGUCGCGAUCGUGCAUCCACUACGGCGCUACCCGUAGGAACACCGCUCUCUCGUAGCGUCAGCAUGCGCUUGCCUACCGCGUCCACACCGCUUUCAACGCGCGCGCCUGGAUCCGCACCCGAGACUGCGGCGGGUGACAAGCGCAAACGGCCAUCCGCGCGUUCGUUGUCCGCAACCGACCUCACGCGCCGUCUGCAAGAUGCCAAACGCAAAACCGACCGCCCCGCCACACGCAAGAAACCGGCGCGUGUCGACGAAAACAUCGCACCCACCGCACAGCUCGAGACGGCUAAACGUCGUCGUGUCGAAGAGCUACCUCCCUUUGGCGGCAUCGGUAUGGUAUCGCCAAUGUUGUCGCGCUCCUUCGCCUAUCCUUCGCGGCCGGUCGGGUUGACAGCUACACCACAGUACGUGCGUGCGGUCAGCACGCCUUUUGCAAGGAGGUGGGAUCUGCACACCCCCUCGCGCGUGCUGGGCGACCGAACCAACUUUACCCCCGCUCCUACUGCCCAGGCAUUUUCGCACGACGACAGCGGCUUCUUCGACUGCGACUCGCCGCAAAAGCGAGAUGAUCCCAACGACCACCAGGCUGCCGAACUGCUCCUGGGGCUCGGAAAGUCGGCUGUGGAUUCCAGAGACUCGUCCGCAAGCCAGUGA